CAGAGGGAGUCGAGCACCAGGCAGUGGUAUCCAGCCAAGCCCCCUGCCAGCAUGGCCAGCGAGUUCAAGAAGAAGCUCUUCUGGAGGGCAGUGGUGGCCGAGUUCCUGGCCAUGACCCUCUUCGUCUUCAUUAGCAUUGGUUCUGCUCUCGGCUUCAACUACCCGCUGAGGAACAACCAGACAGCAGGUGCGCCCCAGGAUAACGUGAAGGUGUCCCUGGCCUUUGGGCUGAGCAUCGCCACACUAGCCCAGAGUGUGGGCCACAUUAGUGGUGCCCACCUCAACCCGGCCGUCACGCUGGGGCUGCUGCUCAGCUGUCAGAUCAGCAUCCUCCGGGCCGUCAUGUACAUUGUCGCCCAGUGCGUGGGUGCCAUCGUGGCCACCGCCAUCCUCUCGGGCAUCACCUCCUCCCUGCCGGACAAUUCGCUCGGCCGAAAUGAGCUGGCCCCUGGCGUGAACUCUGGUCAGGGCUUGGGCAUCGAGAUCAUCGGCACCCUGCAGCUCGUGCUGUGUGUGCUCGCCACCACAGAUAGGAGGCGCCGGGACCUCGGGGGUUCGGGACCUCUUGCCAUUGGCCUCUCUGUGGCCCUGGGACACCUGCUGGCGAUCGACUACACAGGCUGUGGCAUCAACCCCGCCCGGUCCUUCGGCUCCUCUGUGAUCACACACAACUUCAAGGACCACUGGAUUUUCUGGGUGGGGCCGUUCAUCGGGGGAGCUCUGGCUGUGCUCAUCUACGACUUCAUCCUGGCCCCGCGCAGCAGCGACCUAACGGACCGCGUGAAGGUGUGGACCAGCGGCCAGGUGGAGGAGUACGACCUGGAUGGCGACGACAUCAACUCGAGGGUGGAGAUGAAGCCCAAAUAGAGAGGCCCCGGCCCGGGCACCCACGUGGGGGCGGGGCAGGGGAGGGCAGAGGGCGGGGAGGGGAAAAUCCUGUUGCAGACGUUCUGACAAGCUGGCCAACGUUGCUUCCCAAAGAUCCUCCAGAACUGCGUGGUCAAGCCUGGUUCGGGACUGUUUCUAUCAUUUUCUUUCUCUUUCUCUGUUUCCUGGCCUCUGGGCUUCCUGGGGACCAAGAUUUAUCAAUCACUCACUCCCUUGAAGUCAUGGAGGAGGUGAAAGAGAGGGACCCACCCUGCUAAGCUGUCCCCUCAGAGUGUGAGGGAAGGUGUGCCAGGAAGUCCGCCUCAUCCCAGAGGUGCUCCACGGCUCGCCUGCUACAGGUCU